UCUGUAAGCAGAUAGACAGACCUUUAUUGCCUCAUCUGAGUUUUUAACAGCCAACAAAAAUAAAAUAAAAGAGAAGAUGCCUCGAUCUGAACAAACAAGAAAAACUCUCUCCAAUUACAGGAAAAGUCUCCAGGAUCUAAAAAAGUCCUAUGAAGCAAGUGAAGAGCCUGAGAAACAACAGUUAUGGGAGAUGAUCAAAGAUGAAUUGCAGGAGAUCCUGCAGAAAUACUCCCUAGACUUCUCAAAAGAACAAAUGAAGAUUUUCAAUGAUCCCAUUCAUGGUCACAUGGAGCUGCACCCUCUGCUGGUGAAGAUCAUCGACACUCCUCAGUUUCAGAGACUGAGACGCAUCAAACAACUGGGAGGAACAUACCUGGUGUAUCCUGGUGCUUCUCACAAUCGCUUUGAACACUCACUUGGUGUGGCAUACUUAGCAGGACGUCUAGUGAAAGUUCUUCAUGCCAAUCAGCCAGAACUCAAAAUCACCAAACAGGAUUUCCU